UGUGCUUCCUACAUCCACAGCUGGGACGAGAACAUCUUUGUGUAUGACCUGGUGAACAGCUGUGUUCCUGACAUCCCUGCUGACAUUUGGAUGGGCCUUCAUGAUCACAGGCAGGAAGGGCAGUUUGAAUGGACAGAUGGCUCUCCUUAUGACUACAGUUACUGGGACAGGAACCAGCCUGGUGAUGACAUCCAUACAGACCCAGAAGAAGAUUGUGUGCAGAUGUGGUACCGGCCAAGUAGUGCACUGAGGUCCUGGAAUGAUAACACCUGCCACAGGAAGUUCCCCUUUGUCUGCAAGAUCCCAUCUCUGAGCAUUCACUAA